AACAGCUCCACGACGAACUCCAACCAUAACCAACGUCGAAACAAUUUUAUCUCCAAAUACCCUAAUCAACCGCAACAAAUCAAACAACCAAUCCACCGAUUACUCCCAAUCAAUCUCUAUCCAAUUCAAACUACUCAGCCCUAAUCCUCGAAAUCGGUUUACCCGCCAAUUGUUUGCAGGGAUCAUCCCCAUUUCUUCACCCCUCCAUUGAUAAUCGAAGGGUUCGUUUGAUUCCUUGAUUUUUCUUCAAGAAAAGAGGAGGAGGAAGGAUAAAGGUCGUGCCUUUUUCUGUUUCAUGGUCGAUUCGAUGGCGAAUUACGAGUUCUCGGGCACACCUAGAUUACCUCUCUUCAGCCGGUCCCUCACCAUGCACGCGGUGGAGCCGCCCCCGCCCAGCCACCAGUCUCCGCUCGAGCGCGCCGGGUCGGUGAAACGGCCCUCCCGAUCUUUUGAUUUCUUCAAAGGAAAGGUGGGCAAGCUCCGGAAUUUGUUGGAGUCCCCGAAAUCUUCGUCCCCGUGGGACGACGAGCCGCAAGCGCUCGCACAAUUCCCCUCGAGGCUGAAACCCGCUAGGUCGGUCUGUUCUAGCUUUGAUAAGGGCUUCUCGAUCAGAUUACCUGGGACGGAGGACAGAAUAGUGGUGUUCUUCACGAGCCUGCGGGGGAUCCGGAGGACUUUCGAGGAUUGUUAUGCUGUGAGGAUGAUCUUUAGGGGGUUGAGGGUUUCGGUCGACGAGAGGGACGUGUCGAUGGAUAUGGCUUAUAGGAAGGAGUUGCAGAGUGUGUUGGGUGAGAAAAGUGUAUCUUUGCCUCAGGUCUUUAUUAGAGGGAAGUACGUUGGUGGAGCUGAUUUGAUCAAGCAACUAUAUGAGACUGGCGAGUUGGCGCAAAUCCUCAGUGGGUUCCCCAGGAGGUUCCCCGGGAUUGUCUGUCAUUCCUGCGGGGAUGUGAGGUUCGUGCCCUGUUCGAAUUGCAGCGGAAGCAGGAAGGUGUUUGAUGAGGAUGAAGGGAUCCUUAAGAGGUGCUUGGAAUGCAACGAAAACGGGCUUGUCCGGUGCUCUGAUUGCUGCUGAUUGCCUAAUGACGAAAUCUUCUUCGUUUGAGUCAUGAUGUGGUUUAUUCGUUUGGUUGCAUCCUGCAGGGUUGAGAUCGGAUGGGAUCCCUCUCGGGUCAAUUUCUUUUUCUUUCUUUAUUUCCCUUCUUUGUGGAGUCAUAUCUGCUAUUGGAGUUGAUGUUCAUCAUCUCUUUGAACAGUUUUAGAUCUUUAGAGGAGGCAAGUGUAUGGAAUGUAUGUAAUAUUAUCUGGCUACUCGUGUUCAUUUGAUGUAUAGGGAGAUUGUAAAUAUUGUGAACAUACAAACCGUGGAAUAUGAUGCAAAUGAUGUUUAUAAUGUAUUGUAAUUAUAAACGGGGCUUAUUUAUUGAUCCCUA